AUGUCACGACACCAAUCUCUCAGCCGACAAAUCGAUGAUAUUCUCGCAGCGGGAGGCGAUGUGGCCAUCCAAAUUCUCAGACUCGUCCAUUCUACCCCUGACAUUUCCCCUUACUUAAAGGGUGCCGCUGGUAGCGCACUCUUCAUCUUCAGCAAAGUUAAAAGGUUCCAGGAGAAUAAGAAGGAAUGGGAGGACUUUGGGAACUACGUCGUCGAAAACGUAGCCGAGGUAGUUGCAGCCAUAAGGUCCUAUGAUCCGUCGUCGAUGGAGGCAAAGCUAUGGGUGGAGAGCGCUGUGAAGCUUGAUGGAGCCCUACAAAAGAUUCGGACCCAAAUCCAACGAAGGCUCACGCAAACAAACAAACGAUCCAGCUUAGUAAAUGCAUUGUCCCUCAUGAGAGACCCGGGAAGGAUCAAGAUCAAUGACCUAAAGAAAGAUCUUGCCGAAGCAUUGGCAUCGUUUCCGCUCAGGGUAAACUUAGGAAUUGGUGUCAAAUUACCAGUCACAGGAGAUAGCAUAAGCUAUCAACAGCGGCAGAAUUCUUGGUAUCGACGACGCCCCCAUAGCGCCUAUUAUCAUUCAACUGGGCCAUGCUUGAAUGGCACCAGGGUCGACCUCAUUGAGCGUAUUAUGACCUGGUGUCGCAAUACUAGGGAUAAUGAUAAUAGGCUAAUGCUGCUCACUGCUGUGGCCGGCGCCGGCAAGACUUCGAUUGCACACACCGUAGCAGAGAGGUGUGCAAAGGACGACGGAGCCACCCUGUUACUGUCCUUCUCCUUCAAGGCUGGGGAACGGUCGUGGCCCGAACAUCUGCUCCGUGCCACAACUCAAGCUCUAGAAAACUGCGACCCGGUUUACUGCACCUUCAUUGCUUCAGCUCGUCAGAAAGACCCUGCUCUCUCUAUGGCUCCACUCCCGGUACAAUUCAAGAAGUUGGUGGCUUCGCCCCUCCUCCAUAAACCUCCCCUUUCCAACCGCCCCAUGGUGGUCAUUAUUGACGCCUUAGACGAAUGUAACAAAAAAGCAUUCGAGCCCCUUGCUCAUAUUCUUCGGGAGGAAAUCCCAAAAUUACCGUCCUCCAUAAAAUUCUUUAUCACAUCGCGACAAUCUGAUAUUGUUAACCACUUCCUCUCGUCUCAUCUUCCUAUCGACCGCCUUACCAUUAAUCUCUCGGAUGACGGGAACGUGCGGGACUGCGCUAUGUACAUACGUUCGGAGCUGCAAGCGCUGAUGAGUUGUCAUCCCAAUAUACGACUUCAGGACGAGGAGAGAACGGUACAGGAGAUCUCGGAACGAGCAGGAGGCUUGUUCAUUUGGAUCAGUACUAUCUUUCGCUAUAUGAAGAUGACCAACAACGACCCUAUGAGGACGCUGGAAAAACUGCUCGGUGCAGACGCGGAUGGAUCGGUGGGUUCUGCUGAGGAAACGAUGGAUUGCUUGUAUACGAGCAUUCUGAAAAAGUGUGAUUGGGAGGAUGAAAAUUUUGUACAUGACUACCCAAUUGUGAUGGGAGCAAUAUUCGCUGCACAACAACCUCUGUCUACUGUGGCUUGGGAUGCGAUCUUGUCGCCUUUCUUGAGGUCUUCUGUUCGAUAUAUGCUGUCCGAACUUGCACCUCUCCUCGAAGGAGUUGAAGAUCCUCACAUUCCGAUUCGCAUCUUACACCAAUCCUUCCGCGACUUCAUUCUGGAUCGGAUUCAUCCCCGAUCUAUCAGCCUUCGUUGCAGUCCAGUAUAUGUGAAGAUGGGCAAUGCGAGGAUUGCCCUACGAUGUACUCAGAUUUUGAAUCAGGAUCUUUGCUCCAUAGCGAGCCUAGGACUGAUUAAGAAUUUGUCCGCGCAAGAUGAACUGCCACAAAUUUCUCCAGAGGAGUUAUCCGAGCACUUGCAUUACGCAUGUUGUUACAUUAUUUACCACCUUAGUGGUGUCCAAGUGCCCUCGCAGGCGCUCCACGAGUCCGUUCACAUGUUUCUCAGCCACCACGCAAGUCGCUGGGUGGAGGUCUGCGUGAGAAUGGAAGGCUACAUCAAUAUCUCGACACUUCCCGAGUGGGCUAAGUUGGCGGUUGACCAAAAGUCAAAAACUGCUAUGCGCAUGCUGGCCAACGUGCUUAUUCCGAUUCAGUCGAAUCUGGAUUUUUUUUCAAGAUUUCAUGAGGCAUACGAGGCAGCGAACGAUUUGGUUGUGCUGUGCCGUUACCUUGUUUCUGUGGACUCACAGACCUACAACCCGGAAUUGGCCAGGUCGCUCAACACUCUAUAUUUAGCUAUCUUCAGACUCGGACGGCACUCCGAAGCCCUCCCGUUCAUCGAAGAAAGCGUCAAACUCCACCGCCAGCUGGUUGCUGUUCGCCCAACAUCAUACACGCCAGAUUUGGCCGUGUCACUUAACAAUCUAUAUAAUGCCCUUUCGAAUCUCGGACGGCACUCGGAGGCCCUCCCAUUCAUCAAGGAAAGCGUCAAACUCCGGCGCCGGCUACACUCCAAGGCGCUCCCAUUCAUUGAGGAAAGCGUCAAGCUCUACCGCCAGCUAGUUGCCGUUGACCCAGAAUCAUACGCUACACAUUUGGCUUCCUCACUCAACAAUCAUUUUAACGCUCUUUCGAAUAUUGGACGGCACACCGAGGCGCUCCCAUUCAUAGAGGAAAGCGUCAGACACUACCGCCAGCUAGUUACCAUUCACGCAGCAUCAUGCACCCCAGAUUUGGCCUUAUCACUCAACAGUCUAUGUAGUGCUCUUUCAAAUCUCGGUCGGCACGAAGAGGCGCUCCCAUUCAUAGAUGAAAGCGUCCAACUGUACCGCAGGCUAGUUGCCGUUCACCCGGGAUCAUACACCUCGGACUUGGCCAGGUCACUCGACAGUCUACGUAGUGCUCUUUCGAAUCUCGGACGGCACUCGGAGGCGCUCCCAUUCAUCGAGGAAAGCGUCAGACUGUACCACCAACUAGUUGCCCACUCUUUCGAGUGUCGGACGGCACUCGGAGCCCUUCCAUUCAUCGAGGAAAGCGUCAACCUGUACCGCAAGCUAGUUGCCCUUCACCCAGGAUCAUACGACCCACAUUUGGCUUCAUCACUUAAUAAUUUAUGUAACGCUCUCUCGAAGCUCGAACGGCACCCUGAGGCACUCCCAUUCAUCGAGGAAAGCGUCAGACGGUACCGUCGGCUAGUUGCCGAUCACUCGGGUUCGCACACCCCAGAUUUGGCGUUGUCACUCAACAAUCAAUACAAGGCUCUUUCGAAUCUCGGACGGCACUCGGAGGCCCUUCCGCUCAUCGAGGAAAGCGUCAAACUCCGGCGCCAGCUAGUUGCCGUUAACGCAGGAUCGUACACCCCAGGUUUGGCUCUGUCACUUUACAAUUUAAGUAGUGCCCUUUCGAAUCUUGGACGGCACUCAGAGGCACUCCUAUUCAUCGAUGAAAGCAUUAAACUCUACCGUAAGCUGGCUGCCGUCAAUCCAAGAUCACACACCUCAAAUUUGGAGAUGACACUGAGGAAACGACCUAUCCUUCUUUCUCAUCUCGGGCGUGAUUCCGAGACACUGAGUCGGGCAACGUGCGACCUCAAGGAUCUUUCUAUCUCCCGUGUCAUUCCCUCUCCCAACUCGCUACCUGCACCCUAA